UGUUGCCUCCCCCGGCUCUUCUUUUUUUUUCUUUUUUUUCCUUUUUCUUGCAUCCCAGGUUCAGUCGUCGUUGGCGUUCGUGUUGACUGGCCAGAGUCCGCGAAAGCUAAGCAGUCCCCCAGCCAACACCCUCUGCUGCCCUCCGGAUUCCUCACGUGGCACUUCCUGCUUGGCAUUGAGUGUUGUUCUGUGAUUGGCCAUGGCCUUCCAUAGCUUCCUGCUGGAACCAAUUAGCUGCCACGCCUGGAACAAAGACGGAACCCAACUGGCCAUCUGCCCCAACAACCACGAGGUCCACAUCUACAAGAAGGACGGGACCAAGUGGAGCAAGAUUCACGAGCUCAAAGAGCACAACGGCCAAGUGACAGGUGUGGACUGGGCGCCCGACAGCAACCGCAUCGUGACAUGCGGCGCCGACCGCAACGCGUACGUGUGGACUCUGAAGGAGGGUGCCUGGAAGCCCACCCUGGUCAUCCUGCGCAUCAACCGGGCGGCGCGCUGCGUCAAGUGGUCGCCGCGCGAGAACAAGUUUGCCGUGGGAAGCGGCUCGCGACUAAUCUCCAUCUGUUACUUUGAGCAGGAGAACGACUGGUGGGUGUGCAAGCACAUCAAGAAACCCAUCCGCUCCACCAUCCUCAGUCUGGACUGGCACCCCAACAACGUGCUGCUGGCCGCCGGAUCGUGUGACUUCAAGUGCAGGGUGUUCUCGGCCUACAUCAAGGAGGUGGAGGAGAAGCCGAGCCCCACGCCCUGGGGCAGCAAGAUGCCCUUCGGCGAGAUGCUGUUUGAGUCCGGGGGCUCCGCAGCCGACGGUCCCGGCGCAGGGGCGGCAGGCGGCGGCUGGGUACACAGCGUCUGCUUCUCCGACUCGGGCAACCGCCUGGCCUGGACAUCGCACGACUCCACCGUGUCGGUCGCAGAGGGCGGCAAGAGCAGCACCGUGAGCAGCCUGAGGUCCGACACGCUCCCUCUUCUGUGCGUUACCUUCAUCACCGAGAGCAGCUUAGUCGCCGCCGGCCACGACUGCUGCCCCAUGCUCUUUGUGCUGGACGCCGCCAAGGGAGGCCUGGCGUUCGGAGGCAAACUGGACGUCCCCAAGCAGGCGGCCCAAAAGGGGAUCAGCGCCAGGGAGCGCUUCCAGAAUCUGGACCGUCGUGCCUCGGAGACCCCGAGCACCGACAAAGACCUGAGCACGCUGCACAAGAACAGCAUCAGUCAUAUCUCAGUGCUGCAAGGAGGACGCAAGCAGUGCGCCAAGUUCUGCACCACUGGCAUGGAUGGAGGCUUGUGCAUCUGGGAUGUCAAGACUCUGGAGUCAUCUAUGAAGAACCUGAAGAUUGUGUGAAGCGACUCCUGCUUUUUGUCUUUGAAGGAGAAUAUGAAGAAGACAAGCGGCGCCUUACUCCCCACAGCUUUUGUGCCAUAUUUUAAAAGUUGGUCUUUAUUUUUCUACCCUGAGCUCAAACAAGCAGACGCAAGCGCGCCGUGUUAGGCCCUCGCGCUAACAUGGACGUCUGCCAGUGGGACCGAUGACGUGAGACCUGGCUCAACGCUUACUGCAGUAUUUCAAAAUGAUAUUAAUGUCCAUUAUGAGAGGCUGUAAAUGCUCCUCUUUAUACGCUUAUGCUGGUCAUAAUUUGCAUUUAAUAAAUAAACAAAAGUGCUUUACGUUG